AUGGAUUUAGCCAUCAUCAUGAGUUAAUUUUAAUAAGCCCUCUUCUAAUUACAAUAUAUCCUUCGUAAGAAUACUCAUAGUGAUAUUUUCAAUUCAAGCUCAAAAUAAUUUUUUCUAAUGAAUUUUCCUUUCCCAAUUAAGAAUAAAUUGACAAUUUAGAAAAAACCUUCUUCUUAAAUAAAGAUACUGCCAUCAUCGUUCAAAUUCUAUUCAAUUCAUUCAAAAAUUAUUGUAAACUAUUCAUUUAUUAAAACUAGCCAUUACAUAAAUAGAAGAUUACAUUAAUCUACUCUUGUUUAGAAUAGAUACUCAUAUUUCAUUAUUUGACUCUCAUUCAUCCACUUCAUCAAGUCUUGUUCAAUUUUAUACCCAUUAUUAAAUCACUGAACAAAUACAACAAGAAUAAAGCAUUAACAAAAAAAUCAAAAAAUAAACCAUCCAAAAAAACAAAAAAUACUUCAAAUAAAUAAACUAUCAAUAAAGAUCAAUGA